GGAGGGUGGAGAGACCUCGAGCUAUUGAUGGGUAAAGAAGGGAGGGGUUGAGAGAGCGAACGAGUAAGCAAGAGUGUGUGUGUGUGUGUGUGUGUGUGAGCGAGAGAGAGCACACGGAGGGAGGGGUGUGUGUGUGUGUGAGAGAGAGAGAGAGAGUGUGGGCAGAGACUAUUCUGAAUGAGGAAGCGGCAGAGCCAUUUUCACCGUUGAGUAAGAGCACGCCGCUGUUUCGGGAGAGAGCAGGGAAAGAAAAGAGAGCUCAGUUUCUGGAUUUUUUCUCUCUCCUUAUUCCUAGGCGUCUCUCUCUCUCGGCCUCUCUGUUUCUCUCUCUUUAUCUCUCCGUCUUUGUGUUGAAUGAGCGAGGCUUUCGGUGGCGGGACACAAUGGGGCAAAGUGCCUGUGGCGACUGGGCCGUUGUCCUCCUGAGAGGGGGAGGGGGAAGAGAGAAGACCGGCGCACAGAGCUAACGCAGCUAGCCGGCCUCGGGCCUCUUCUACCGCUCUCGCGCGCUCUCUCUCUCCUUCUCUGUCCCUCUCUCUCUCCUUCUCUGUCCCUCUCUCUCACACACACACGCUCCUUUUCUCUCAUUUCUCUCUCAUUAAGCUGAACAGGAGCUCUCUCUCUCUUUAUUAUUAUUAUUAUUAUAAUUAUUAUUAUUUUUUUUUUUUAUUAGAUUUCUUUUUUUUUUUGUUCCCCUCCUGGACUUUUCCUUCUCUCAGGACUUAAAAUCUUCGCUCUUCUCAGGAUUAUCGUGGACUUCCUGUGGAUUUAACAUGUGUUGGGCACGGUGGAUCUCGGGACACGUUGAUCUGAACUGGAGAUUUGAAAGCUAGCUGUGCUCAUGUUUUGGGAUUAGAGCAGUCCAUUUAAAAGAAAGAAAGAAAGAGAGAAGUUCUCAGCCUCUUUUUCUCCCCCCCUUUCGGUUUUGUUUUCUGGAGACAGGAACCUAUAAAUGGAUUACAAGAUGCAUUCCAAGUCCAAUGAUUUGCUGGAUUUUCAGACACUGGAUGCCCUUUUGGAAAAAAUUGCACAUUAUUCAGCAGCUGUAAAAAGAGAUCCCAGCGAGGAGUGCAAUGGAAUCGGCGGCGCUCUCCCUGCAGAGGCCGCGCCCGGCUCGCGGCUGAACGAGUGGUGUCCCGUGGCCCCUCCUCCUCCUCUUCCUCCUCCUCCACCUCCUGCAUCUGCCCCGGUGCCUGUGCUCCAUCCGACCAGUAUGGGUGACGGUCUGGACGCCGCACCGAUGUCAGGGAGCAGCAGCAGCAGCCAGGGGCAACCCCAGCCCCAGUCUCAGCCCUCUCACGCAUUCAACCCCCCUCCCCCGGAGAUCGUCGAUUCAUCACGGCCAAAGCGCCAGACCAACCAGCUGCAAUAUCUCUCCAAGGUGGUGCUCAAGACGCUGUGGAAGCACCAGUUCUCAUGGCCCUUCCAGGCUCCCGUAGAUGCCGUCAAGCUAAACCUGCCUGACUAUUACAAGAUCAUUAAAAACCCUAUGGACAUGGGAACAAUCAAGAAGCGGCUCGAGAACAGUUACUACUGGAACGCCCAAGAAUGUAUUCAAGACUUCAACACCAUGUUUACCAACUGCUACAUCUACAACAAGGCAGGGGAUGACAUAGUCUUAAUGGCCGAGGCACUGGAGAAACUGUUCCUCCAGAAGAUUUCGGAAAUGCCCCAGGAGGAGAACGAGAUCGCCGUCAUGACUCCGAAGGGCCGUGGUCGGGGCAGGAGGGACCCAGGGUUGAACAUAAAGCCCCCCGGACCCGGCUUAGAUUCUCCGUCGACGACCCCUCAGACUCGUGGCAUUUCCAAUCACGGAGCAGGGCCACAGACUAGAGGACCCAUACCAGGUCCUCCAGCGCUCCCUCCACAGGUGGCUCUGCAGCAAGCUCUUCCUCCUCGAGUUCCCCCUACGAUCCCCCAGCUGGGUCCUCCCUUUCCGCUCGGCCCUUCAGACUGCAAUCCUCCGGGCACCAUCAUGACCUCGGUGCCUCCCCCGACCCAGACUGCCCUUCCACCCAUGCCCAUUCAACAGAGUCCUGCACCGAUGCUUCAGAGCGUCAUGCCUAAAGUGAGUCCUCAGAGAUUAAAGCAGAGAAAAAGCCAGAAGAGGAAAGCAGACACGACGACCCCCACCGCCAAUGACCAGCUGAGCGAGUCCUCUCCCGCGGAGUCCAAGUCAGGAAAGACUCUCCCUCGGAGAGAGAGCGUGCGGCCGUCGAAACAACCCAAGAAAGAAGCGCCCGAUUCCCAGCACCAUCUGGCCUACAGCGCGCCCGCCGGCCCAAACAGCCCCAAAGUGCUGGAGCAGCUACGCUACUGCGCCGGCAUCGUGAAGGAGAUGUUCGCUAAGAAGCACACCGCUUACGCGUGGCCUUUCUACAAGCCGGUUGAUGUGGAGACUCUGGGACUGCAUGACUACCACGACAUCAUCAAACACCCCAUGGACCUCACCACCAUCAAGGACAAGUUGGACAACAGACAGUACAGAGACGCGCAGGAGUUUGCUGCGGACGUGCGGUUAAUGUUCUCCAACUGCUACAAGUACAACCCUCCAGACCACGAGGUUGUGGUGAUGGCGCGCAAGCUGCAGGACGUGUUUGAGAUGCGCUUUGCUAAGAUGCCGGAUGAGCCCGAGGAGGUCUUUACCCCUGCGCCUGCCCCCGUGCUGCACCCUGCGGCCCCUGUGAAGCCUCAGCCGCCCAUCGCCGCCCCCUCGUCCUCCGACAGCUCCAGCGACUCCUCGUCCGAGUCGGAAUCCUCCACCGACGACUCGGAAGAGGAGAGAGCUCAGAGGCUGGCUGAGCUCAAGGAGCAGGUGCGGAAAAAAGACCUCAAGGCGGUCCACGAGCAGCUGGCAGCCCUGUCUCAGCCCCAGGCCAGCAAACCAAAGAAGAAAGAGAAGGACAAGAAGGAAAAGAAGAAGGAGAAGCACAAAAAGAAAGCCAUCCCCGGACUGGACGAGAUCCUCGAGCCUCCUUCUGCUCUCCCGACCCCGAAGAGCAAGAAUAAGAACAACAAAGAUCCUCUGCCCAAGAAGACCAAGAAGCCAAGUAAGAAGGAAGGCAUGAAGAACAACCGCUCCAUUCCUCCCCCGGGCACAGCGCCUCCCACCCUGCAGCCUGGGCCUGGCCUCGACCCCGUGGAAGAGUCAGGUCUGGCAGGGGGACCGGGAUCCGCGGGCUUGGUACCUGCCGAAAAGUGCAAGCCCAUGUCCUACGAGGAGAAGAGACAGCUGAGCCUCGACAUCAAUAAGCUGCCUGGGGACAAGCUGGGCCGUGUGGUCCACAUCAUUCAAUCCCGCGAGCCUUCGCUGAAAAACUCCAACCCGGACGAGAUCGAGAUCGACUUCGAGACGCUAAAACCUUCCACGCUGCGAGAGCUGGAGAGAUACGUUUCGUCCUGUCUCCGCAAGAAGAAGAAGCCUCCAGAAAAGACCGUGGAGACUAUGAGCGCUAAGCCGAAAGGCUCGUCUUCAGACUCGGGCAGCAGCAGCGAGUCGAGCUCGUCCGACAGCGAGGACUCGGAGUCAGGAAUGGCCUCUAAAUUGAAGAAGAGAGGUCACUCUGCUAAAGAGGGGAAGAAAGGCCACCACCCGGUGAUAGCGCCAGGUAUGGUCCAGCCCCAGAUGCCCCUCCAGCCCCAGGCUCCGGUCUUACAGCCCACAGCUCAGCUAAAACAACAGCAGCAGCCACAACAGCAGCAGCAGCAGCAUCCGUCUCCUGCAGCGUACAUGGCUCCUCAGGUCACGGCGCUGGAGUCGUCGCAGCUGCUCGAGAACACGUUUGACUCUUUGCCCCACUUUGGACAGCCCCUCAUGCACAUGUCCCACCACACCAACGACUCGUCCUCUCCUGCCCCGCCUCACCUCAACGCUCACACAGCAAGUGGCCCCGGGUCACCUGACACGCACCCGUUCUUAAACCAGCACCCCAUCCUCCAAUCCCCAGCACUGCACAACGCUCUGCCUCAGCAGCCUUCACGUCCUAGCAACAGAGCAGCGCCGCUCCCCGCCAAACCCCCGCAGCCCUCGACUCCCCAGCAGCCUCUGCAGCUCCAGCCCCAGCAGCCCCCUCAACCCCAGCACCACCUCCCUCCUCACCUCCUGCACCCCCAUCAGCCCAUCCGCCAGAGGCCGCUGUCCCCUCCUACGCUCACUCCGCAGGGCCUUCUCUCCUCACAGCCUCCUCAGUUACUGCUGGAGGAUGAUGAGGAACCCAUGCCCACCAUGCCCCUCAACCAGGUCCUCUUCCUGCAGCAGCUGCAGCAGGGUCGACAACAGCAGCAGCAGCAGCAGGUCCCACUCAUGCAGGCCCUCCAGGGCCGUCAGUCACAGCCACAGAGCCAGCCUUCCCUGUUGCAGACGGUGCAGGUGCAGUCACAGCUUCCUGUGCAGACCCAACUGUCUGUCCAAACUCAACCCCAGGCUGCUCCAGUGCACCAGCCCUCGCCGCAGAUGCCCCAGCAUGCACCCAGACACAUGCAGCAAUCGCAGAGCCAGCAGCAGCAGCAGCAGCAGCAACAACAACAGCAGCAGCAGCAGCAGCAGCUGGCUUUCUCACAAGGCCCAGUGCAGACCACACAGACGCAGCCGGCGCAGCACAAAGUGGCCAUGACUCCCAGUAAAGCGCAGCAGCAGAUUAUUCAGCAGCAGCAGCAGCAGCAUCCUUCUCCACGUCAACACAAACCUGAUCCCUAUAGCACAGGACACCUGAUAGAGAACCCCUCUCCUCUCAUGAUGCAUUCCCCUCAGAUUUCUCAGUAUCCUCCUGUAGGCCAUCAGUCUCCUCCACAAAACCUCCAGCCUAAAAAAGAGCCGCAGCGAGGGCCGCCGGCUCUCGGGCCUCUGAAGGAGGAGAAGCAGUCGCCCUCGCCCGUGAUGAGGAGCGAGUCCUUCAGCCCGCCCAUACGCCAGGAACCACACAAACAGCCUGAGAGCAAGACACACAUGCCGGGCCACGGCCAGCAGAGGCCAGACAUGAAGCCUCUGGACACGUCUCGCCCCGUAAUCCGCUCCUCGGACCAUAGCGGUCCACCCCCCACCAUGCCGGACAAGGACAAGUUCAAACAGGAGCCCAAGACUCCUGUGGCUCCUAAAAAGGUACAGGAUGUGAAACUGAAGAACAUGGGCUCAUGGGCCAGCCUGGCGCAGAGGUCCACGUCUACGCCGUCCUCGGCGGUGAAAUCGAGCAGCGACAGCUUCGAGCAGUUCCGCCGAGCAGCCCGGGAGAAGGAGGAGCGGGAGAAAGCGCUGAAGGCUCAAGCAGAGCAGGCAGAGAAGGACCGGCAGCGCAGAGACCAGGAGAAACAUCGGGGCCGUGAUGAUGAAGAUACGAUGGAGGUUCCUCGAAGGCCCCAUGAGGAGCAGCGGAGGCGCUCUGAGCACCAGCAAGCCCAGGCCGCUCCGCCACAACAGCAGCACCAGGCCCCGUCCCAAACGCCAACCCAACAGCCCCAGACGCCGUCCGCCCCGCAGCCGUCACAGGCACCCCCUCAGUCUCCAGCCUCCAGCCAGAGCGCCCUCGACCAGCAGAGAGAGAUGGCACGCCGCCGCGAGCAAGAGAGGAGGAGGAGAGAGGCGAUGGCAGCUACCAUCGACAUGAACUUCCAAAGCGAUCUGAUGGCGAUCUUCGAGGAGAACUUGUUCUGAAAUGCACGAGGAGGCACGAGAGACCGCAAAACAAAAAACAACAACAACAACAACACAAAAAAAAACCCUGACAACAAACGUAAACAAAACAAAACCGCGAACGGAUUCCUCUGCGUAGAGCGAAACGGACCGAUGAAGCAGUAAGGGAAUUUUAAUAAAAACGUUUAAUAAUUCUAAAAGACCCCGACUGGGAGCAUGAGAAAAGCACCGCAGAGGCAGAGAUGGCACUUGGCGAAGCUGAGGCCUUGACAGGACGCCCCCUGUAGCCUUAGCGGGGGGGAAUAAAAGAGGGACCCUCGAGCUGGGACAUCAUUGCCUCUCUGGCAUUAUUCCUGGAUUUAAACCCAUAUAAGUAGCAGGAAGGAGAGGACGUUUCCGUGGGGCGCCCUUUCGCACGUAUGGGAGCAAUGCUUUGGACCUUGAUAUCAGUGGAAGUAUAUCUAAGUGACAACAGUUUAAAACGUACUGAUUUACCCGUAGUAGGCUGUUCAUCAACUGCCAGAUGUGUAAGGGGUAUUGCUUUUUUUUUUUUUUUUUCUCCUUUUCUUUUUUCUUUUCUUUGUUUUUUUUUUUUCUUUUUCUUUUUUUUUUUUUUGGAACACAAGCAAGCGAUUUAUGCUAACAACUCAUGAUCAUAACGUGAGGAGGAGGUACACACCAACCUCACCAUACGCAACACGACAUUCACCGAGCAGCAACAAAAAUAAUACACCCAAAAACACACACACAUACAAGUGUUAACACUUUCUUUUCUUUUGUUUUCCCAUUAUGUAGGAUCUACUGUAAACAUUUUUUUAUUUUCUUAAACAUUACGUUUGUUUUUUUUGUUUUUUUUUCCUUUUAAACUUUCUUACCAACACUUAACCCUUUUUCUUCUGAUGUCUAUGCCAAACCAGAGUCCUAGUCCCUGAUAUAUAUAUAUUUUUUCUUUCAUUUAAUGCGCCUUUUCAUUUGUUUUUGGUUUUUUUUCCUUUUUUUCUUCUUUUUUUUUUUUUUUUUUAAAUAUAUAGAUAUAUUUUCUUGUCCUCCACACCAGACGUGAAAGUUUAGGUAGGCUUGUUUAGUAGAAUAAACCUAAUAUAUGCAUUAUUCCGACAAUUGAAGACGAAAAAAAAAAAGGUUAAGUUAUACUCUAAUCCGGCGCGAGAGGAGCGGUUUACCUGUUGAUCCUUGAGUUUGAGAUUUGUUUUUGAAAAGCGUACAGUGCGACAUUACUUUGUGUAUUAUACAUGAUAGAAAGAAGACCUGAAAGCGUCUGGGGAAGCGGUUCAGGUUCACGCUUUACUGCGUUUCUAGAAAUAACCAUAAGCUCGAGUGCGUAUGAGCAGCCGGCUGACUCUGAAUCCUCUGAGACUCCUCCGAAGUCACCUCUCGAGCACUCGUACGUGUAGUGCAUGGCUCCUCUCUCUCUCUCUCUCUCUCUCUCUCUCUCUCUCUCUCUCUCUUCUCUCUUUCUCUCUCUCUCGCUUUUAUUUUUUUUCCUGUUUUUGUUUUGUUUUUUUAUUCUUUUCUCCUUUCGCAGAUCGUUUCAUGAUAAGCAACCGGAGGGGACUGUACGCCGUUCUAAACGUGACCGAUUACGAGAGAUUUUGAAAAAAGAAAAAAAAAGGAAAAAAAACAAACAAAAACCAUUACACAGAAAAAAAAAAAGAAGAAAAAAAAGCGCAACGGUUCUGAUUUUAUAUCAUUGUUCUUGUUCAAUUAUAGUGGCUGUGAGUUCUAAUUAUGUUCUUUGAGUCGGAUUUUAGGGUGGGGCGGAAGGGGAGGGCAGGGUGGUGUUUCAAGGGGCACACUUUAAUUAAUUAAUUAAAGCAGGUUCUCUCGAGUUUUCUCCUAUGGUGUUUUCUCCAGUGCCUGUAUUGUAUUGCGAUUCUAGUUGGCAUAUAUUACACUCUCGGGGAGGGGAGAGGGAGGGGGACGUGAAAAGGUUUCAGGAGGGAGAACUUGCAGUUUAGCGUGGGGGGAAAGCCUGUGUUUAAAAAAUAAAAAAACAAUAAUUAAAAAAAAAAAGGAAAAAAAAAAA